AUGGAUAGCGUACCUCCAGUCGCGUCGGAGCUGUUCAUUAGGAGUCGCGAGUCCGCUCAAAUAGUGCGGUUGCGACGACUCGCGUCUAUCGAGGAAGACGCAGCGCGGCUGCAGCUCAGCGCUGACGCGGGGCUCGACACGGCAACGAGCUUACCCGGUGUGCCACCUGGCCUGGCGUCGAGUACGGUAGCGCAGUUUUCACUACCUGACGGCAACUUGUUGCUCUGGGUCGACCCCGACACCCGAGCCUGUACCGUUUUUCGAGUUGGUGCCCCGGGCGAGCCGCUCGAGCCGGUGACCCGAGUCGGUGGCACUGCCCAGGACGAGUUUAUACAGGAUGCCGCCUUUUCCCCGUGCGGGGCCUUCUUGGUGACCUGGUCUCGGCCGCACGAACGUUUGGCAGACGGAAACUUACGGAUCUGGCGGUGCGCAACUGGCGAAGCGGUGCGGGCGUUUCCGCAUCGACACCACAGCGCUACUGCGUUUCCGUACGUCCAGUGGACAGCCGACGAACGGUAUGCCUUGCACGCAGUCGCCAACGCACUUGACGUCUACGAUGGCUCAAAGCUGGAGCAACCACCCUUGUUGCGCAUCGCGAUCCCUGGUCUUGUGCAGUUUGCCGUCGCGCCGGAGGCAGUUGCUGCUGCGGUCGGAGCGUUGGACCUAGCGUACGUCGCUACUUUUGUUCCCGAAAGUGCGAACGGGGCACCCGCUGUAAUUCAGGUCUGGGCGAUCGGGUCCAGCAGUGCCAUUCGUUCUCGACAUGGAGAAGUGGACGGCUUGCCGGCUAGCGGCAAAGAGGCGCGCUGCGCCGUUCCUGUUGCGAGUCGGCGAGUAUACCGAGCACAACAUGUAGAAUUCUACUGGUCACCGAAAGUUUACGGUUCUGGUAGCAGCCCGUCACUGGUGAUACGCACUAGUCACGAUUACGAUGUACAUGGUCGCUCGUACUACGGCGAAUCGAGCGCCCACUUCCUGUACCUGGGGAAUAAAUCGGAACAGAGCAGGGAGCCUGCCAGAGAUCCGGCAUCGAUGCCGGAGGGACCCAUCCACGACAUCGGUUGGUCACCGACUGGACGCGAGUUUGUGAUCGUCCAUGGGACAACGCCGGCGCGGGCGACCCUCUUUCACGGGACAGGCACGGCAACCUUUGAUUUUGGAACCGGACCUCGGAACCGUGUCUCUUGGUCACCACACGGGCGCUUCUUAGCACUGGCCGGGUUUGGCAGCAUGUCAGGGAACGUGCAGAUAUGGGAUCGGAACAAGAAGAAACUGAUCGGUCAGUUUCAGGCCGAAUGCACCACGCACUGGCAGUGGUCUCCGUGUUCGCGCUUUUUCCUCGUGGGCGUUUGUUAUCCGCGAAUGAAGGUCGACAAUGGAUUUCGCAUUUUCAAGUAUGAUGGCACGCUCGUCUAUGAGCGCAAAAUGCCCACCACACAGCUCUAUCAGGUCGAGUGGCGAGCACGAGUCCCGGAGCAGUUUCCGGAUCGGCCAGUGUCUCCGCAGGUAUUAACGAGUAUGCGCAAAAUGGCAGAGCAGAUGACUGCCAACACGGAUGCUUCGCAAAAGGGAAAUGGUUCCGUCGCCAGUGCAGUAGCGGGAAACCAGACGCGUCCGAGUGGCGCCUAUAUCCCACCGCAUCUUCGACGGCAGGUUAUUGAGAACGGUGUUUCGAUGCCCCCGCUGAAACUCCACGAACACGAGGCACCUCAGAGUCUCGUGUCUGGGCCGUUCCUGACCAAAUCACAACGCAAGAAUCGGAAGAAGAAAGAACGGGAAGCUCGGCAACAGCAGCAGGAUAUACCGUCGGUUUAG